AUUGGGUCGUCAAAAGAAGCACUACAAUCUAAACAAAAUAAUCGGUUCCCUGGUCUUUAAAGUUGGUGGAUUAGGUUUUUAUGAUGCUAUAUCUUGCAGCAGUUGAUAUGAAAGAGCAUUGCAUGCAUACCAUAAGUGCUUUGAUUACUAUGUGCAUAAAUUUCUCUGUGGAUUUAGUAAACCACAGUAUCCUGUGGUAUAUACACAGUAGGUAUAUACAUAGUAUCGAAACAAUGUAGUACAAAGUGGCUCAAGUGGGAUUACAAGUUGGGUUAAGGCAUGUGGGAUUUGUGACGUAGUACAGCGGAUAUAGAAUAUUAUAUCAGUUUUUCUCUUGUAAUGUAAUGGAGUGGAGAUGUAGAAUUAUUGUGAAUUGAUCUUUGAGAUGGUAUAAAAUUUUUGGUAUGGGAAUCCAAGAAAUGCGGUUUAUGGUGUUGCAUGCUGGAGUCAGGAUAUAUACGGAAAAUAUAUAUAUCUGUUUGAGAAGUCUGGGAUGCUCUAAGAUGUGCAUGCGUGGUUUGAGGACAGGAAACAUGUACCGUGUGUGGUAAUGGAGUUGGGUUGUCAGAAGACAUAAAAAGAUUGAUAUUUUGGGUUAUUGGCAGUUGUGGGCUAUUACUGGAGCACACCUUAAAUUCGAAACUGUGGAGUUUUGUGGCCAUGUUAAGUAUUAGCUUAUGCGCGAGUCCAGUUGUGUUAUGAUUCAGGAAGUUCAAAAUUACAGAGGUGUUUUGUUAAUCUGAAGAGACUGACUGUCCAUUUGAUAUUAGUGGGAGCUAUAAUGGUAUGAAACACUCAAGCACAAUAAUUAGGGAAUAUAUAUUGCAUAGAAGUCAAAUCUCAAACAUAAUGAGCUCCAUGAACAAGGAAUUCCAGAGAAAAGAAAAACACAUUUCCUAAUAUUCAGUCUUUGCUUUUCGGUUUUGGGAAGGGUGGCAGAAUAAUAAAAUUAAUUGAAUUUUAGUUGAGUGCUGGCUGGCUUAAUCAUGAUUAGUUGUACAGUUCAAAUUUCAAACAUACCAUUAACAGUCAUUGCAAAGGAACUGGUGGAGUAUUUGGAGGGUAUUGCAGGUAAGGGCAGUGUUUUCGCCUGUGAGAUUAAAACAGAUAGAAAGAACGGGAGGUCCAGAGGAUUUGGCAAGGUCCAAUUUGAGAGCAUUGACUCAAGAAAAGAAGUGUGCAUGCUUUCCCAAUUGGGUCUUCUCCUGUUUCAGAAUGAAAACCUUAUUGUUUCCACUGCAGACAAGGACAUGUUUCAAACGACAACUUAUUCAAUCUGCAAAGCAAAACUGUUUGCAGGCUGUCCAGUGUACCAUAAUGCAUUGUGUGUGUUAUGGUCUGCAAGUGACGUGCUUUCCGAGUUUGCACGAGAGACGAAAAGGGUUAGCUUUUUCGUUACUGAAAAUGGUGUAGAUUAUAAGUUGGUGGUUCACUUUCAUGACAUUGCUGAUAUCUCUACAUGCGUUUUGAAGGAAAAUGGGACACAUGCUAUUCUCUUACGGUGGCAGUUUGGUCCAAGAAUUUUUCAAAAGGUUGCAUUGCAGAGUUCAUGUUCGACAGCUGGCCAGGAUUCUUAUAAAUUUUGCAAAGAGAACAUUGAGAUUCUCUGGGUUCGAACAACAGAUUUUUCAACAUCCUUUAGCAUUGGACAGUCCAAUGCAUUUUGUUUGAAACCUCCUGAUGGUGUGGAACUUAGUAAGAUAAUUGAAAGCUUGCCUCUGCACAGAGCAAUGGCAGAGCAACUUAUUCUAGAAAAUGGCAAUUCAUUUUCUCCCUUUCCACGUAUGGUUUCAACUGUUAAUGCUCCAGAGGGUGUUAAUCUGCCUUAUGAGAUACUGUUUGAAAUCAACUCUCUUAUUCAUUGCGGGAUACUCAGUGGCCCAACACUUAAUUGUCAGUUUUUUGAUUUGCUAAAUAAUAAGAAGAUACCAGCUUUACAGAUAACUCUAGCCUUAAGAGAUCUGCAUAAAUUGAAGUCCACAUGUUUCGAACCGCAUGUAUGGCUUCAAAAUCAAUUAAAUAAGUUGCAAACUAGCCAAAAUCAGUUGAAGUCUGUGACAAUUUCUAGAGAUAAUGGCACACUGAAAUUCCAUCGGGCUCUAGUUACUCCCUCUAGGGUAUACUUUUUGGGCCCCGACUUCAAUAUUUGUAGUCGAGUGACAAGGCAUUUUUCAAAGUACGUUGAUGAUUUCCUUAAAGUCUCUUUUAUUGACGAGGACUGGAAUAAGCUUCAUUCCAUUGCCUUGACUGCAAAAAGUGAAUAUGGUUUUCAUGCAAGACCACAAAGAUCACAAGUAUAUGAUAGAAUAUUGUCAAUUUUGAAGGAAGGCAUUACAAUAGGUAACAAAAGAUUUGAAUUCCUUGGCUUCUCAGCCAGUCAGUUGAGGGAAAAUUCUGUCUGGAUGUUUGCUUCAAACGACGAAGUUAGUGCUGAGAGCAUCAGAAAAUGGAUGGGAGAUUUCCACUGUACAAAGGAUUCAGCUAUGUGUGCCACGAGAAUGGAACAAUCAUUUAACUCUUGCAGGAAGACAUUAAAUGUUCGAGAGCAUGAAGUUUCCUUCAUUCCUGAUAGUUACGUUUGUACUGACGGUAUCCACUACUGUUACUCAGAUGGAAUUGGAAAGAUUUCCUUACAUUUGGCAAAGCAGAUAGCUCAUAUACGUGGAUUGAAUAUGCCCCCUCCUUCAGCGUUCCAGAUAAGGUAUGGUGGCUACAAAGGCGUAGUCGCAGUCGAUCCUACUUCCUAUCACAAGCUAUCUUUGAGACCAAGCAUGCUCAAAUUUAAUUCAAAUAAUACAGCACUGGAUAUUUUAAAUUGGAGCAGGUUUUUGCCUGCCUUCUUGAACCGUGAAAUAAUCACAUUGUUGUCAACUUUGGGCGUUCCAGAUCAGAACUUUGAACGCAUGCAGAAAAAGGUGAUGGCGUGCUUAGAUCAAAUGCUGCUCAAUAGUGACAUGGCUCUUGAUGCUGUAGAGAUAAUGUUCUCAGGGGAUGAUCAUAAGUGUCUGACUGACAUGCUAAAGGCGGGAUACCGUCCAAAUAGCGAGCCUUAUCUUUCAAUGAUGCUUCAAGCAUUAAGAGGAUAUCAAUUUUCGUCGCUAAGAACUAAGUCACAUAUAUAUGUCCCAAAGGGCCGGACUUUGAUGGGAUGCUUGGAUGAAACCAACAAUUUGAAAUAUGGUGAGGUGUUUAUCCAAGUUUCUAAGGCAAACAUUAAAUUUUAUGACGAUGGGAUUUCCACAUAUGGAUUCAAUUCAAAGGAAAAGACGUGCAUAUUGCAAGAAAAAGUAGUAGUUGCAAAAAAUUCAUGCCUUCAUCCGGGUGACAUUAGAGUCCUGCGUGCUGUUGAUGUUCCUGAACUUCAUCAUAUGGUUGACUGCUUAGUUUUCCCACAGAAGGGACCGAGGCCUCAUCCAGUUGAAUCUUCUGGGAGUGAUUUGGGUGGGAACUUCUACUUUGUAUGUUGGGAUGAACUACUUAUUCCACCUGAUCAAGAUCUGCCAAUGGACUACUCUGUUCAGAAACCUAUUCAACGAAAUUGUGAUUUGAUGAUUGAGGAAAUAGAGGAAUAUUUUGUGAACUACAUGCUUAACGAUAGCUUGGGUAUUAUAGCUGAUAUGCAUGCAGUAUACGCUGACAAAGAGCCCACCAAGGCACGGAGUCAGAGAUGCCAACUGUUGGCAAGGCUUCACUCAGAGGCAGUUAAUUUCCCCAAGACAGGUAUACCUGCAGAAAUGCCUCUGUCCUUGUUUCCAAAAGAAUAUCCUGAUUUCAUGGAGAAAGAGGAUAAACCAAUGUACAUAUCUACUGGGAUUCUUGGGAAGCUUUAUAGAGCAGCGAAAAACACAUCAAAAGAGAGUCCUUGUGUAUCAGAGCCUCGAAGAGAAGAUGCCCAUAAAGCACAUGACAGUGCUCUAGAAGUUGAAGGUUUUAAGGACUAUGUAAAAGAUGCAUUAAUUUAUAAAAGUUGGUAUGAGGCCAAGUUAUCUGCAUUGAUGGAACAUUAUGAUAUACAAAGUGAAGCUGAAAUAAUAAGUGGGAAUGUAAGUUCAUUUUCAAAAUUCUUUGACAAGAAGAGAUAUGGUGACAUUAAGGAGAAAAUCAACGAGUCAGUAAGAUCCCUUCAUAGUGAAGUGAGGGGAUGGUUUCAGGAAAGUUGCAAAGUGCACCAUAAUGAGGCUGCAAUGGCGUCUGCUUGGUAUCAUGUCACUUACCAUUCUGAUUAUUCUACGAAAACUCAUUUUGUCAGCUUCCCAUGGAUUAUAUAUGAUGUAUUACUCAAUGUUAAAAAAUACAAUGAAUUUAAUAAUAAAUAAUGGAAGUUAAUUUUAACGAUUAA